AUGAAUUCGACAACGGUCGCGGCGGCGACGGCGACGGUGCCCGCCCUGACUACGCCCUUUGCCGUGCCGGCGAGCUGCACCGACGUCUUCAACACCACAAUCACAUAUCGCACUGGUGUCUAUGGCGACGCCACGCACUACACCGUGCACGCGGCGUUUCCCCAGACGACCGGGGGCUGCCAGGCGUCGGGCCCCAACGUGCUUCGCGACGGCGCAACCAUCAUCGUCCGGCCGGGUGUGUGCCCGAGCGACUGGGUCGCGUACAAUUUGAAAGUCGACGAUCCUCAUGGAUUCUCCGCGACCGGCACCGUCAAUGACAUCCCCAGCUUCGGACCGGCUUGCACGAAACUCGUCUCCGAGACGCAGGGCGUCACGUCUGGGCAGACGACCACGACGCUGACCGUCAGCGCGCACGCCGCGUGGCACAUUGAAUGGAUGGCCAGCGAUGCACCGACCCUGACGCCCCAGCCGCCGUCCAUGGAGCUUUGCUAUGAUGUGCAAAUACCCACCUGGACGCCCGGCGCAGAAGCCACAGGUCGCAAGAAAUGCAAAAGCUUAAAGGUGUCGCCGGACAAGCAUCAGUACGACGGGCUGAUAUACGUUGCCAUUGUGUUACCAACCGUGAUUGGCUUUUUACUUAUUGUGGGAUGCAUAUGCUGUUGCGUGUGCUACCGAAGAAAGAAGAACAGGCAAGGACGAGAGGCAGGGAGGCCGAUUGAGUUGCCAGGUGAUGAAAUAUCGCUGGAGUACUACAAAUGA